AGGAACCAGUUGAACAGUCUAGGCAUGAAUCUCCUCUGUAUCAGCAGCAUGAAGGUGCUGUUUUCAAGGAACCACUUGUUGGUUCUUCAACUCUUUGGAAACAAAGUUCACAUCAGAAAUGGCAGAAGACAGCCUUGUUGACAAGACCGACUCUCAUCUGAAGCACAGGAUCUGGUGACCUCAGAGAUGCUGGAGGACCAGGAUCAGGACUGUCAGGUGACAGAGGAGAUUGUGGUGGACUUGAGAGAAAACAGAAAUGACCAGGUGUCCAACAACAACAGAUCCACUUGGUUGAAUGGUCAGUGUGUCGUGGCGAUGUCCAGCAUUUCAAACUUCAACCCCACCUUUGACCUGUCUCUGUGUCGCGCCAAACUAGAGAGGAAAGGUUUCAAGAUUCCAGUCACUGACAUGGAGCUUCCUCUGAAAACGGCCCUGGAUGUUCCCUCCGUCAGAAGAUUUAUGGUUUUCAACUCGAGUUUCUUCCACUUUCUAAUGGCACCGGUGGUGUACGUGGUGGUGUGGUGCGCCGUCUUCUCCACCCUCCACAUGUACAUCAGUGUCAGUGACUUCUGGGUCCUCUGUCUCUCCGUCAGCCUGGUCUCCAUCCUCCUCACCACCGCCGUCAUCUUCAUCCUUCAUCACUGCAAAAAGGAGAUCAACAUCAACGUAGACGUUCGGUUGGUCCGGGUCAACGAGACGAUGGCGAAACACAAGCUGCUGGUUGGCGUGGCCGACUGGGUGAAAAACUGCACUGGAAAUAUGCAGUUGUACUUUGUGUACUGGGACAUGUCCUGCUGUUUGAAGACACUGAGCUGCUUCACAACACCUGAAACUCAGAACAAGCUGAAGAGCAGGAUGUCGCAUGUCGUCUUGGUGUCCGAGGUCCCUCCUGCCGACCCUGAGGUCGUCGAUCACGAGGGCUCAGACUGCGAACAAGAACUGGAUGAAAGCAGGCCUCUGCUGGAAAGAGAGGAGGUGACGUCAUCUGCUCGACCAGGGGGCACYAAAAUCACUUCCAGCUUCAGCCUGGUCCCUGAAGCUUCUUUAUCUGCUCAGGCUAAGGCACACCAGCUUCUGAUGACGUACAGCGCGGUUUAUGUGAAGCUGCUGAUGUCCGAGAAGCUGUCCGGACCGUCCAACUACCGCCUGCGGACCCGCAAUAACCACUGCRCCACCGCCCCCGUCUGCCUCUGCCAAUACAUCAAAAAUAAAAUCCUUCAGUGACGAAGCAGAGAAACUGCAGCAGCUCAGAGCCUGAAACUGAUUUAAGAGCAGCCGGAGGCUUCAGAGGGAAAUUGACACGUUAGAACAUUUUUCUCUGGAGCCAGAGUGGACUGACCRUGUUCUGAUUAAUCCAUGGGCCCAUUUGGACCUUAACGCUGUUUAUUAGCUGCUGUUUUUCUGUGUUGGCACCACCUGGAUGUUUGCUGAAAUCUCUGCUGUGGAGCAUUAUUUGUACAAGACAAUCCCAGUUGUUCGUACUAUUUACUGCUGUUUAAAUUAUUUGCACAAAUAUUUACGCUGUAGGUUUGUUUGUUUGAAUUUAGCUGUUUUUGCUAACGGUUUACAUGGUUGUAGGAAGUGGUGCAGAUAUUCGUACACAUACUUCUUAUGUACUGUAUUAUUUUCACAACAUAUACUGUAACGCUGAUCUGGCAGCUUUAACACUUUAAGUAAAAUCUUCAGCAUUU